CUCAAUCAAUUACAAACAUAAUUAAGAAUGACAACACCCCGUCCUAUUUCCGACAAUGAACCUCCUCAUGGACAAGGCGACCAAGGAGGAGAAUGCGUAUUCAGAUGCAUGGCUCUCGAUAUUCCACCCCCUCGGUAUGACGCGGCCCAUGCGUCCGGCGUCUUAUCGCGAUGCGGCCGAUAAGGAGAGCCGUUGCGCGCCGUCAAAUCCAGGACCAGUACAUGCAACGGAAUGCUGCGUUGGCCGCUCAGCGACAGAGCGCUCCGCAAGAUGCCAGUCAGCAAACUGCGUCACAGCCGGCCAUGACGCGAGUUCGGGUUCGGGUUCAAACUUCCAUGCCACUUCCAGGAACUCGAGGUCAACAGCAAAUGAAUCGCCGCAUGCUCUCAUACUCGAAUGGCGGCGUUGCUGGCGUCUCGCGAUCGGCAGGGGACGUAAGAGCCUCAGCUCCGGCCGCGGUUCCGACACCGGUAUCGCUUCCGACGCAAGUUGACGCUGUUCCCCAAUCUGCCCGUGGCAUGGUUACAGUUACUGUUCGUUCCAGCGAGGCUCAGGUCACCUUCUGGUCCGAUGUUCGUGGUCAGCGCGCUCAGCAGGAUGGAGCACAUGGACAGCAAUCUUAACUCCUAGGCAGAGAAGGACACUGGACAGGUGGCCUUGCUACAUGAUGGCAGAGAGAAGUAAAUGACGAUUUCGGAAAUGUGUUGGAUAGAUAGUGGAAAAAGAUACACAAUUCCUUAGUCUUGCACUCAAUACUACUCGCCGCCUAUUUCCCGAGCUUUGGGCC